AUGCGAGUUAAAUGUUUAAGAGAGAAAGAAGCAGAGAUCGAGAAAGCCACACGUCGUCACGCCGAGCUAGAAGCACGUGCGGCUCAGAUCGAAACAGAGGCACGUGCCUGGCAAAUGAGAGCGGCGGCGAGAGAAGUCGAAGCCACGUCGUUACAAGCUCAAUUGCAGCAAGCCGUAGUAAUAGCUCACGGCGGCGGAAUUAUUACGACGGCGGAGCCACAAUCGGGAAGCGUAGACGGUGUGGAUGAAGCUGAAGACGCCGAAUCGGCUUACGUUGAUCCAGAUCGGUACGAAAUAAUCGAGCCGAGAUGUAGGAUUUGCCGGCGGCGAUCGGCGACGGUGUUGGCUUUGCCGUGUCGUCAUUUGGUUCUGUGUAAAGAAUGCGACGGCUCCGUGAGAAUUUGUCCGCUAUGCCUUAGCACGAAGAAUUCAGGCGUGGAGGUUUUCUAUUCUUGAUGGGCUCAUUCUAUAAUGGGCUUAUCAGGCCCAGCCAAAUAUAAUUUUUAUAUUAAAACAAAUUUAUAUAUAAACUAAAUUUAUCAUUUUUAUAAAGUGUACUGUUGAGUCUCAUUCUUGAAUAGCUUAAGAGGUUUAAUGUACAUAGCCACAUUGGUUUUAUUUUAUUUUUGGUUUUUAGAAAUUCUUUUGAUAUCGUAAUAAAUCAACCUUGACUGUU